UCAAAUAUAAUUAAAUAAUAAUAAAAAAAAUCCAUAUUUAAUUAACUAAUCCGCCAUGGAAGCUCCCAAGCAAAACCUUCCUCAAAAGCCCCACCGGAUCCUCCCCAGAAACGACCCCGACGCCGAGGCGCAGCCGCCGCCGGAGCCCGACUACUCCCACCGCGCCCAGUGGCUGCGCGCCGCCGUCCUCGGCGCCAACGACGGCCUCCUCUCCACGGCGUCGCUCAUGGUCGGCGUCGGCGCCGUCCGCCAGGACGCCAGGACGAUGAUCCUCACCGGAAUCGCCGGCCUCGUCGCCGGCGCCUGCAGCAUGGCCAUCGGAGAAUUCGUCUCCGUCUACUCGCAGUACGACAUAGAGGUGGCUCAGCUCAAGAGGACGCCGGCGGAAGCCGGAGACCGCCGGCCGGCGAGCAAGCUGCCGAGUCCGGUGCAGGCGGCGCUGGCGUCGGCGUUCGCUUUCGCGAUCGGCGCGGUGGUGCCGCUCCUCGCCGCCGCCUUCGUAAGGAACUACCGCGUCAGGCUUGGGGUGGUGGUCGCCGCCGUCAGCGCGGCCCUGCUAGGGUUUGGAAUCUCCGGCGCGGUUCUCGGCCGCGCGCCGCCGGCCAGGUCGGCGGCGAGGGUGGUCGUCGGAGGAUGGCUCGCCAUGGGAAUCACUUUUGCUGCUACUAAGCUAAUUGGUUCUGCUGGUCUCUAAAUAUAUACAUACAUAUUAUAUAUAUAUAUAUGUUUUGAUAUUAUAAAUUAUUUAAUAAUGUUGUUGAGUAAUAUUUAUCUCCGAUUGUUAUUUUAAGAAAAUAUCAUAUUUAAUGUCUUUUUUACAGAUGUUACGAUUUUGUUGUU